AUGAAACGACGAGAAUUACGAUGUGUGCAAGGAGCAGUAUGUUUGGUUGGUCUGCUAUGUCUGUAUGGCUGGGACCGACUUGGGCUUCUCAAGUUUGACAGGUCCGAGGAUGACCAACGACUUUCAGAACAAGUCGCGGACACGUGGAUCAGUCGAGUGGAAUCUCGUCACUUGACUGGCCUGGAAAACUGUACCCCACGGGCUGUGGAGCAGUUUCCUCGGGGGCUGUUUAACCAGGAGCAGCGGUUAAGGGGUGGAAUCACCAUUCACAUCCUUGUGUCACUCUACAUGUUCCUGGGUUUUGCCUAUCUUUGUGAUGACUACUUUGUGCCUUCUCUUGAAAUUAUCUGUGAUACUUUACAGAUCCAGUCUGACGUUGCCGGGGCGACCUUCAUGGCAGCAGGCAGCUCAGCCCCUGAGCUUGCUACAGCCAUUAUUGCUGUGUUCAUCGCCAAGGAUGACAUUGGACUGGGAACAGUUGUCGGAUCAGCUGUGUAUAAUGUGAUGUUUGUCAUCAGUGUGUGUGCACUACUGGCUGGUAUGGUAGUUUACCUGACCUGGUGGCCGUUAGUCAGGGACUGUGUCUUCUACUUACUCAGUAUUGCUGCCCUAGCGCUCGUGAUAUUCGAUGAAAACAUCUACUGGUAUGAGGCAUUAGGCCUGGUGCUUUUCUACUUCGUGUAUAUAGUGAUAAUGUACUACAAUAGUAGGCUAGAGGCAUGGAUUGUGCCAAAGAUGAACUGGUGUGGUCAGGCAGCAGUACGCAAGAAAGAACCAGAAUCCAUCGUCCUUUAUGACAAGUUGCGAGAUGCCAAUAGCAAUGGGGCUGUAAUACAAAAUGCCAAUAGUAUGUCAGAGACUUUAUCAGAUGAAUUGACAGCUCUAACAGAUUCUGAUUCAGAUGAUCCCGGUGAAGGUCAUGCUGUGAAAAUGGCUAAUUACAAUGAAGAACCAGAGUCUGUGUUCGCAUGGCCAGAUGUCUGGUGGAAAAAAACUUUGUGGGUUAUAGCUGUACCACUGAAAGUAGUGUUAUUUAUAUCUAUACCCGACUGUCGUCAACCACGAUGGAGGCGCUGGUUUAUCGUCACUUUCAUCAUGUGUCUCAUUUGGUUAACUAUCCUAUCAUAUAUAAUGGUUUGGAUGAUAACCGUUAUAGGAUACACUGCAGACAUCCCUGAUACAGUCAUGGGCCUCACUUUCAUUGCUUUUGGGGUCAGCAUGCCAGAUGUAAUAGCUAGUCUAAUUGUAGUACGAGAGGGUCAUGGAGAUAUGGCUGUUUCUAAUGCUGUAGGAAGUAACGUUUUUGAUAUACUUAUAUGUAUGGGGGUACCAUGGUUACUACAGAUCAUCAUCAACAAGGGAAAACCUGUUGAGGUUUACAGUGAAGGUCUCUUGUACUCCUCAUUCACUCUGCUAGCCACAGUAUUUUUACUUCUCUUGAUUACCCACCUCAACAAGUGGCGUUUAACCAAAGCAUAUGGGAUAGUGCUCCUCAUCAUCUAUGUGUUUUUCACUGUGCUUACCUCCCUUUACGAACUAAACAUCUUUGGUUAUGUCCAUCCUAAGGAAUGCCCUAGCAACUACUGA